CCCAAAGCGACAGCAGUCACCCAUUCCCCACCGCAUCCGCACGCAAAGGCCCAAGGGAAGGCGAAUCCACCCCGCUUCCCCUGCGUUUCUCCCCUCGCCUAAUUUUAGCAGCAUGGAGGGGUGAGGAUCCAUGGGGGCCGCUGAUUAAAUGAGGCCAGCAGAUCGCGCUGCGCCGUCCGAACGCCCAGACCUCCCCGCCCCCGUCUUCGUCGCCGCCGUCUCCUCGUUCCUCGUCGCGGUCGUCGUCGUCGUCUCCUCGUUCCUCGUCGUCGUCUGCCCUGAGGUUGAAUUCAGUUCGCGAUAUUGCCGUGUUCCCCUGGAACAGAGAGUACUUGGGGCACUGUCCUAUGCUUCUCCGAGACUCGCUCAUUUCUUUUCUUGCCAAUGAAACAAGACAGUCGCAUGGCGGGAAACUCGGUGAACCUGCCUCACGUAACUCGAAGAAGAAGUACUUUGGCUUUCAAGUUCCUGAUACCCUUCGUUCUAGUUCUUUCAGUUUCUGUUAUUGCUGUCACCCAGUACUUCCAAAGUAUAUCCUACUUUCUGCGGCCGCUGUGGGACACACCACCAAAGCCCUUCACCCGCAUCCCGCAUUACUAUGCCCCUAAUAUGUCCAUGCCCCAGCUGUGUCAGCUCCAUGGCUGGGGCAUCCUCUCCUCCCCUCGCCGUGUCUUUGAUGCUGUUCUCUUCAGCAAUGAGCUCGAUAUUCUGGAAAUUCGCUACCGUGAGCUCUUUCCAUAUGUUGACAGAUUUGUCAUCCUUGAGGCAAAUGCUACCUUCACUGGCAUCCCAAAGUCACUCUCCUUUUUUGAAAACCUCAACCGUUUCGCAUUUGCUAGCUCAAAGAUUGUCUAUGACAUGCUUCCCAUUGGAGAUUUGGAUCCUGAUUCUCGUCGAAUGCCCUUCCUUGUAGAAGCCGGUCACCGCCGCGCACUUAACAACCUGCUGAAAAGAUCAGGCAUUGCUGUGGGGGAUGUCUUGAUCAUGGCUGAUGCCGAUGAGAUCCCCAGUCCUGAAACCGUGCAGUUGCUGAAGUGGUGUGAUGGAAUACCGCCAAUCAUGCAUCUCGAGCUAAAAAACUAUAUGUACUCCUUUGAAUUUCAUGUGGAUCAAAACAGCUGGAGAACGACAGCGCAUGUGUUCACUGAGCGGACCAAGUAUCAACACUCCCGCCAGACUGACCUGAUGCUGGCUGACGCGGGCUGGCACUGCAGCUUCUGCUUCAGGGAGAUCAAGGAGUUUGCUUUCAAGAUGAAGGCAUACAGCCAUGCAGACCGGGUGAAACAUGACAUCUUCCUGAACGCGGACAGGAUCCAGAGAGUCAUAUGCAAUGGGGAUAACAUUUUUGACAUGCUACCUGAGGAGUACACGUUCAGUGAUCUCUUCAAGAAGAUGGGGCCGAUACCAAGGUCAGCGUCCGCUAUUCAUCUUCCAUCCUAUUUGAUCAGGAACGCGGACAGCUACAGGUUCUUACUUCCUGGUGGAUGCUUGAGACCGGGCUAAAUCAGAAGUAUCUUGUAACUUGUUAGCCAACAGUAUUACUUUUAGACGCAAUGUUGUUGUUACUGUGGAAAUAGGUGUGUUUUGUUUGAUGUGGGGCAGUAAUAGUUUUAGAUAGAUGGUAGAAACUUUCUGUGUGUUUGUUCAAGGAACCAUGUGAACUUCAGCCUAGAAUUCACCUAAGGUGAUACAAAGGUAAAAUAGCGACAGGGAUUGCCGCCCUUUUGGGUUCAUCCUGAUGAGCAGGAAGCACAUCAAUGAUGUAAUUUGUUCUUGAUCUAAAUAAGGACAGAAUGAUGCCCUCGUCUUCUCUA